AUGCCAAACACUCGCCGUCAUUCUAAUGAUCUCAACUUCAAGUUGAAAAUCGUAAUUGAAGCUGAAGCUGUUAACAACAAUCGAGAGAUAGCGAGGGAAUACGGAAUUUUCGAAUCAAUGGUUCGGCGAUCUGAAGAUGACAGCCAAGCGCGCUUCCAUGGACCGUUACCGACCAAAAGAUCCCGAGCUUCAUCAACUGUAGGCCGACUGGAAGGAGCCAAGGUAAGCAAAUGCCUUCUUAUCUAAUACAUGAAAGUUCACACGGCAACCAGGUGGACAAUCAGACAUAGUUUGAUGCUACUCUGGUUUGCAGAUUUAA